AUGUCUCGGAUGUCGUGUCCUCCACAUCACCCCGUCCUCAUCCUGCUCGGCUACCCCUCCCUCCCUCGCUCUCCCUCUGCCUGCAGCAGCGUCAGAGACCCUAACCGCAUCAGGCGAGAUAGCAGAUUGGAAGAUGUGAAGAUCUUCCGGGCGCUGAUCCUGGGGGAACUGGAGAGAGGGCAGAGCCAGUACCAGGCGCUCUGCUUCAUUACACGGCUCAACCACAAUGAGAUCAUCCCCAGCGAGUCCAUGGCCAGACUCCGACAGAAAAAUCCCCUGGCCAUCCGCACAGCGGAAGAGAAGAGAAGCACGGAGAUGCUGAGCAUGGACGUAGCAGUCAAUUUGACACGGACGUGGCAGCUGAGCACCCACAUCCACAACAUGUGCAACGUCGCCCUGGAGGCUGUGUACACGCGUGAGGCUGAUGUCAGACACUGGCUGGACAGAGGCAAGCAUGCUUACUGCGUCCCUUAA